GGAGGAAGAUGUACUGUUAUAUUAUCCCUGUAAUCGCCCUGCAUUUCCUGCCUGUGCCUGUGCAUGAGAGAACGGCAUUGCUCAGACUAACAUGCGCCCCCUGGUGUUUGCAUGCAGUCACUGCAUCCAGCAGAUCCUGGAGGCGGUGCUUCAUUGCCAUCAAAUGGGUGUGGUGCACCGAGAUCUCAAGCCGGAGAACCUGCUCUUGGCCAGUAAAUGCAAGAACGCCGCCGUCAAGCUGGCCGACUUUGGCCUGGCCAUUGAAGUGCAAGGGGACCAGCAGGCCUGGUUUGGGUUCGCUGGAACGCCAGGUUAUCUUUCCCCAGAAGUGCUACGGAAGGAGGCUUAUGGGAAACCUGUGGACAUUUGGGCAUGUGGAGUCAUCCUGUAUAUUCUGCUGGUGGGAUAUCCUCCGUUUUGGGAUGAAGACCAGCACAAACUCUACCAACAGAUCAAAGCUGGGGCUUAUGACUUCCCCUCGCCAGAGUGGGACACGGUCACCCCUGAUGCCAAAAACCUCAUCAAUCAGAUGUUGACCAUCAAUCCAGCCAAGAGAAUCACGGCCCAGGAGGCUCUGAAACACCCGUGGGUCUGCCAACGUUCCACUGUGGCGUCCAUGAUGCACAGACAGGAAACAGUCGAGUGCCUGAAGAAGUUCAACGCAAGAAGGAAACUCAAGGGUGCGAUAUUGACCACCAUGCUGGUGUCGCGCAAUUUCUCUGUGGGCAGGCAGACCACGGCACCCGCCACCAUCUCUGCAGCCGCUGCUGCGGCCGGUACCACCACCAGUCUGGUGGAACAAGCAGCCAAGAGCCUGCUCAACAAGAAGGCCGAUGUCAAGCCACAGUCAAACAGUGCCAAAAACAACAUAGUCACCAGUCCCAAAGGAAACGUCCCUUCUCCUGCUCUGGAGCCUCAGACCACUGUUAUCCAUAACCCAGUGGAUGGGAUCAAGGAAUCUUCAGACAGCAGCAACACCACCAUUGAGGAUGAAGACGUCAAAGGGAAAAGCCUAGAUAGCAGUUCAGUAAAAGCCCCCACUGAAGUCAGCCAAUCACCUCCGGGCUCCGCCCCCGCCAUCUUCUCCACCAAGCUGACCGACAUCCUGGGCUGCGCCCGUAGGGGCUCGGGACCCUCUGCCGUGCCUGAUAGCGAAGCAGCUGCCCACUCCACACAAUCCCCUCCACAGACCCCCAUCAUGCAGACACGCAAACAGGAAAUCAUCAAGAUCACGGAGCAGCUGAUAGAAGCCAUCAAUAAUGGGGACUUUGAUGCCUAUGCGAAAAUCUGUGACCCUGGAUUGACAUCCUUUGAACCCGAAGCUUUGGGGAACCUGGUUGAGGGAAUGGACUUCCAUAGAUUCUACUUUGAGAACUUGCUUUCUAAGAACAGCAAGCCCAUCCACACCACCAUCCUGAACCCUCAUGUGCACCUGAUUGGAGAAGAGGCCGCCUGCAUCGCCUACAUCCGCCUCACUCAGUUUGUGGAUGGGCAGGGCCGGCCGCGCAGCAGCCAGUCGGAGGAGACCCGCGUGUGGCACCGCCGGGACUCCAAAUGGCAGAACGUUCAUUUCCACUGCUCCGGUGCGCCGGCUGCCCCUCUCCAGUGAAGAGCGGCCCUGCAAGCGAUACAUUAGAUGCGAGUGCCCUUCACGGAGGUGAUGGACAGGGAGGACUGAUAGGACGGCAGCAGAGGUCCAGUGUCGGAGCGCUCCGAACCCUCCAGCCUUCCAACGCUGGACACAGCCGUCCUCCCCUGCAUGCAAACCGACAGUUAUCUCUCUGCCAGAACCACCCUCACCUCUGAGUCCACCCAGCACGCUCCCGACCGAACGUCUUUAUGCCAAGACUCAAGAUUACAUAUAUUAAUCAUCGAGCGCGAUCAUAGACUCCAGGUUCCCGUCUAGAGUUCUAAUAACCCGCACGAUUGCCGCCUUAUCCACGGUCCUUCGCACUCGUCUUCACUGGCCUUAUGCCCCCUGCGCCCAGGUACUCCCAAAUACAGUAGAUCAUGUUUUAAUAAAAAUAUCAUCAUUAUUAUUGUAUUUAUUGUUAUUGUUACUACUAUUGAUUAUAUAUGAUUAUUACUUCCGUCAGGAUUCUAAGUAUUGCUGUUGUUCUUGAGAUUGUAUAUUUGAUGGUCAAAUGACUGAUGUUUUGUUUUAAAACACUUAUUUUGUUCUCUUUUUUUUAAGCAUGGAUUUAAAAAACUAUAUAUAUUUUUUUUUGGUGUUCAGGUAAUCUGAAGUCUAUUUCGGCAGUGCUGUAUAUGUUAAAGUUCACGGCUCGCUGGUAAAAGUAAAAAAGCAGCAGCGCACACGUGGUUUUAAGAUUCAAAACUCAGUCAAUUUUCUCGCGAAUAUGGUGGCGAGCAGAUUUUCUGUCACCGCGAUCAGUGUUUGUAUUAUCAGGUCACCAAUCAGAUCUCUUGGAGGCAGCUGACAGCAUCACAUCAUUGAGAUUCGCCUCGUAUAUAUCUGCAGGUUGCCAAGUUGAAUUUCCUUCAAAAAGAGCUGUUUGUCUUUAAAUCAGAGCAUAAUCUCAUGUAUUGGCCCUUGAUGACCAGCAGCUGAUGUGUCCUUCUUAUUGACAAUCAAUGCUGAUCUGGUUUUAUCUUUUUCUCAAGGGAUCUUGUAGGAUGUUUCGAAUGAGUACAGCAUGUUGUUUUUAAGGGCCUUUCAUUUAAAGCAGCAGCUAAUUUACUGCUGUUCGCUGGCCAAGUGUGUUUGAGAUUUAAAUAGCCAUUCUGGAUCCCACGGUGAUCAGAAACCUGUGAAUUUUAACGUGUUUCUACCGUCGUCACAGGAAUGUUGUGAUUCACCUCGACUCAGGCACCUACAGCUAUUCUUUGUUUUCUUUUUGUUCUGUACACGCAGGAACUUUUAAUAUAUGAUUUAUGUGGUGUAAUUAAGGCAGUUUUGUUCUUUGUGUUUUUUUUUUUUUAAGUGUGCGUGUGCGUGUACGUGUGUGUGGUUUUACAAUACAAUGGCACUGAUAUCCUGAAUGUGAAAGCAUCGUCACUAUAUUAAAGUGUUGAAAGCCAUAACGCACAGAGCGAGAAUUUCCAGCGGAUUGUAAGGAUGUUUUUAUAAGUGCUGUCUUUCAGUCUAGCAGAACUGGAAGAUAGUCUUAUGUGGAUUGACUAGGGGGCUUCCUGACAACUGGUACUGUUCGUUUUUGACGUCCUGUCAAAAGAUUUCUCUCCUACUGAAUGUGGGCUGCUACCUGAAGUCACAUGACCUUUGUUGAGGCUGCUCAGUGUGCUUUAUGUUGAUUUUAAAGGAAUAGUUCACCCAAAAAUAAAGCUUUGCUGAAAAUGUAACUCACCC